CUGCUGCUGUAGCGCACGCGGAAAAAACUGGCCUCGCCACGCGAAAUCCUCUACUCUCUUAAUGUGCCGACCAAGUUGAUGCUGCCCGUGAUCGCGGGCGUCGGCGCAGCCCACUUGGCCUUCAACUACUGGACCUCCGGCCCCAGGCCCAGCCCCACCGAGAGCGGCGGCGCGGCGAGUGGUGCAGCGAGCGGAGAAGAGGCGCCGCCGCAGCUUCUCGUGGAGGCUGCGGUGUGCCGCGUGUGCGAGGGCGACACCGCCACCCUUGCCGUCCGACUGUCCGGCGGCCGGCCCACCGAACUCUGCUGGUCGCGUGGCAGUGAGGAUUUAGCGAGCGACGACCGCUACCAACUUGCAGAAAACAAUAAUCUGGUGCAGCUGGCCGUGCAGCGGGCUCGCACCGACGACACAGGAUUCUACUCGCUGCUGGCCAAGAACGCGGCCGGCCAGGCUAGCGCCACGCUGGAGCUUAAGGUGGAUUCGCCAACUUCGGCGAAACGAAGGCGAGGAGAUGGCGACGGACCGCCUCCGCAGUUCCUGCGAAGCCUCAAUGACCUGGCGGUCAAGGUUGGCACCAGGACCCGCCUCCUGGUGGAAGUGCGUGGCGCGAGCAAGGUGACAUGGUUCCACGAGGAGGUGGACGCGGGCGACGGAGGCGGCAGGUACGUGCCGCUGAUCGAGGGCAACUUCUGCUGCCUCGACGUCAGCCCCGUCUUCUCGGACGACGGCGGCCUCUGGACGUGCAGGGCCUUUUCCGAGAGCGGCGCCUACUCGGAAUGCUCGGCCUACGUCAACGUGCUCAUUCCAAAGGCUUACAAGCCGCCCGAGUUCCUGGAAGAGCUGCAGGCGCUGCUGACCGAGCAGGGCACCGUGUCGCUCGAGUGCAAGGUGGUGGGCGUGCCGACGCCGGUGCUGCGCUGGUUCAAGGACGGCCACGAGAUCAAGGCCGGCGACGUGUUCGCGCUGACCGCCUCGCCGGACGACCCCACCUCGCUCGGCACCUACACCUGCGAGGCCACCAACUGCAUGGGCAAGAACUACUCCAGCUCCAGGGUGCACGUGCUCGGCGCGUCAAAGUCCUCGUCGGCCUCGACGGAAAGCAUUUACCUUGGAGGCACGCCACCCGUCUUCACCGAAGAGUUGCGAACCGAGAAGACGAAACUUGGCGACCCGGUUACACUCUCAUGCAGAGUUCGAGUGCCUCCGUGGCCAAAGGAGGUCGUCUGGUACAACAGCUACGGGCGCGUGGCGUCGUCGCAGGUCAGCAACGAGAAAUACCGCGCUCUCGAAGAUGGCCUCGGACGAUUCUCGCUGCAGGUGGCUGCGAGCGAACUGGCCGACCAGGGCGAGUGGAAGUGCGUCGUCACCAGCCCGGACGGAAGCAAAGCCAUGAGCUGCGCCACCUUGACAGUCAUAGUCCCGAAAAACUACAGAAAGCCGAGGUUUUUGGACCCGUUGAAGGCGAUUUUGACAGAGGAGGGCCUGGUGUCGUUCGAGUGCAAGGUGGUCGGGUUUCCCACUCCGCAGCUCCGGUGGUUCAAAGAUGGACAGGAGCUGCGGCCGGGAGACGUGUACCAGCUCUCGGGAACCAACUCGCUCGGCUCGUAUUCGUGCAUAGCCGUCAACUGCAUGGGCGAGGCGAGCAGCGGCGCCGAACUGACCGUCGAGGACAUUCAGAGCCAGCUGAGCGACGACGAGAAAAAGCAACUGCUGGCCGCCAACCAGCCGCCACGCUUCAUCCGCGGCCUCAAGAGCUGCGAGGCGCGCAUCCUCGAGCCGUACAGACUCUCCAUACAAGUGACUGUCACUCCCGAGCCAAAGGUGGCGUGGUACCGUGAUGACGAACUCGUCGAAAACGGAGGACGCUACAAGACAAACAAAGAUAACGCCGCCACUUACAGUCUCUCCGUAGAUAAAUUAGAAAUCGUCGACCAGGCGGAGUGGAAGUGCAUAGCCACGAACGAUUUCGGCCAAAGCGUAACGUCGUGUUUCCUCAAAUUAACAAUUCCAAGGCACUUUAAGAAACCACGAUUCUUAGAAAACCUGAGAGCAAUUCUCUCAGACGAAGGCGCGGUCAACUUGGAGUGCAAAGUGAUAGGUGUGCCGCAGCCAAUUUUGAAAUGGUACAAAGACGGCGUCGAACUGAAACCAGGCGACAUUCAUCGCAUUAUUUCUGGCCAAGACGGAACAUGCUGCUUGGGCACCUACACCUGCGAAGCCAACAAUUGUAUGGGCACUGUUUCCAGCUCAGCCUCACUCCUAGGAUUUGACGAAAAAAUGAAGCAAGAGAAAGCGGCAGACGCGUCAAAGCAGAUUUCGCAGAACGUGCCGCAAUUGGCGACGACGGGAACGCCGGCAACCAGUGGCCACAAAAUAACGCGAGACCCGUCCCUGUCGACGAUUCAAGAAGAGAGGACGUCGCAAAUGAUUGAUCACAACGCAAACGACCGGUCCGCGGCAAACACGCUGGCGGACGAGGAUCGCGGUGAAGUCUCCUUCUCGUUCGACGGCAGAGAAGUGUCAGUUUCGCUUUACGAAACUCCAGACCUCACGGAAGAAGAGGCUCUCCAGAUUGUGGAAAUGUACGCAGACGAACUGUCCGAACACGUUUCAGAGCACAACAUUGUGGAACUGCCGUCGCUGAGAUUCGUCAAGGAAACGUCAACGUCAGGAAAAAUCGUGAUGGAGGCUGUCGUGAUCGACGUGACCGACGAAAAUUUCGAGAGCGCCCUGGCGGCACACGCCGCCGUGGAGGACGACAAGACGGAGGACGAUUUUGACAAUCUGUCCAUCACGGACGAGAUUCCCGAGGGAAUUUUGCCACAAGACAAGUUCACCACCGAGUUCCUGGACCGAGCGUUCACGCAGCCGAGCGAGGAACCUCCGAAGGCGCCGCCGAGACAGAGGCGAUCGGCAACUUCCACGCCGAGGCCGGAUUCGCAGAACGAGCAAGUCAAGAGCUCGGAGGACUCGUUUUACAGCGUGGCGCAGAAGCAGCCCAAGAGUCAGUCGGACGACUCGGCCGGAAAAUCAGAGUCUUUCGCGACGGCCAAGGACAGCGAGUCCUCCGGCCGGAAGAAAGCACGCGCCAAAAAAGAUGAACCAGCAUUCCAAGUGGCGGCCAUCGAAGUCUCUAAAUCGGCGGAGAGCAGCCUCGCGGAAGACUUGUCUGCGAAGGACGGCAAGCCCGCCAAGGCCAAAAAGUCGCGCUCCAGGUCUUCGUCGCUGGACAAGACGAAAAAGCGCAGAUCGAAAAAGAGCAAAUCGCCGGGCUCGAUCGGCUCGCAGUCGUCUGACAAGGAUGACGAGAAAAAGAAGCAGGAGAUGGCAAAGAUCGACUCCACGCUCAAUUUGCUCGAGAAGUCGAAGAAACUGCAAGAGGGUCUGGCCACCAUCGAACUGCAAACGGCGCUCGACUUCUCCGCGCAGAAGCAGAUGCCGGCGCAGUUUGCGAACACGGCCCAAAAGCUGCAGUGCGAAAUCGCGGCCAUCGAGCGGGAUAUCGAGAAGAGUGGCUCUCCCGCGCCGGAGAACCUGCACAAGUUGGCGCAAACCGCACACAGAUUCAACACCGACCUGGCCGAAGCGCCGAAACCGACCGGACUGUUGGCCAAGACUUUCGACGUGAUCGUCGAAACAACCAAAGAGUUCUGCCAGGACGUGGCCCAAGCGAUCCAGGACGUCGUGAUCGAACCCGUGCUGACCGUUCAGGGCGUGGAACAGACCAGCACGUUCGAGGACCUGCAAAGAGGCCUGCAAGAGGUCGCCCGGCAGCUGAGUCCGGAAGCACCGGAAUCCGAGCACCUGCUUCGAAAACCACCGCAGCUUGUGAAACAGCUUUCCGGCGAAAAGCCUUUGCUCGUGUUGGCCGAGUCGACGCGCAACAUCAAAAAGGCGGUCAUGGAGAAACAGUCGUCCUUGGAGUCGGAGCACAGCAUCGACAUGGAGCAGGACAACAGAAUCGAAGCCCUUUCCCAGUGCAACAAGACUUUCGAGCACGCGCUCAAGCUGAUUGAGAAACAUUCCAAUUACGAACUAGAGAGCUCGGCCGACAAACAGGCUGUAGUGGUGGCCGUGGCACAGUGCAGCCGAGAACUGCACAAGGCCAUCCAGCUGAUCGAGGAGCAAGCCGCGCUGGAAAUAUCGGUGACCAACGAGGCGUCCGAGAUGCAGACGCUGCUCUCGUCGGCGCGGGAGCUGCAGGAAGCGUUGCUGCAGGUCGAGAUGGAUAUGCAGAUCCAACAUGAAAUCGAGUACGGCGACGACCGUUUUGAAAGCGUCAUGUCCGAAAUCAAAUCGAUGAGUGUGACGGACGUCAACCAAACGCUCGCGCAGCACGUCAUCGAUCAAGAUGUCCACGCGCCGAUCUUUUCAGCUGAGAAUGUCGCUGUGGAGCACGCGAAGCCGGUGGAACCCGCCCAAGGCACGGCUCUGCGCGAAGACGUGAAACAGUCUACAGCAGUGGUCGCACAGGUCGAAACCUUUGACGCGGGACAGAGUCUCAGCACAUCCUACCGUGCGGACGAAACGUUGGCCGGCCAGGCUGACGUGUCGGUUCACAAGGCGGCGGCGACCGUCGGCGCCCAGGAAGCGCUGGUCUCAGCCGAACCUGCUCCAGAGAGUGCAGUCGUUGCUCAAGCAAGGGCGAGCGAGACACUGGAAAGCUGCUUGCCGACGACCCUGCAAGAGGCGAAAACCGUGUUUGAGGAAAGAGACCGGUCCAUCUCAGAAAUCCAGGCCACUAUGGCUACGCCUCUGGUAGAAACCUGUCUGGAAGCAGGUGUGAAAGAGUCGUCUGUCUUCUUGGAGAGUGGACUAGCGUCUCUCGCACCUGCUAAACCAGCCAGAGUGGCCAGAGCGGAAGAGUCGCUGGAGCCGUGCUUAGAAGCUGGUGUGCAGCAAGCGGCGACUGCUCUCGAAGAACGAGAUGUCUCCAUCUCAGAGGCUGCGGUUCCAGAGAGAGCUGCAGCAGUCGAGAGAAUGGAGGUUUGUCUCCAAUCGGUGCAGCAGAGCCACGAAACAACGUUUGAGGAACGACGAGACGUGCCGAUCGCGCCGGCUCCCGAGCGGGCUGCAGCAAUCGAGAGUAUGGAAGCGUGUCUGCAAACGGUGCAGCAGAGCCACGAAAUCGCGCUUGAAGAACGAGAUGUCUCCAUCUCAGCGGCCGCGGUUCCAGAGAGAGCUGCGGCAGUCGAGGGAAUGGAAGCUUGUCUCCAAACGGUGCAACAGAGCCACGAAAUCGCGCUUGAGGAACGAGACGUGUCGAUCUCGUCGGACCGUGGAGUGGCAGCGGUUACUGCGACUCAGUCCAUCGAGUCGUGCUUGCAGAUCGGCCAGCAGAGAACCGAAUUCGCGCUCGAGGACAGAGACGUCUCUAUAGCGUCAGACGUGUCUGGUCAGAGGGCUAUUCAAAGCAUCGAGCCUUGCCUGGAGACGGGCGUCGAGCACGGAGAGCUGGUGCUCGAGGAGAGAGACGCUUCGAUCAAGAGCGAACUGGCACCCAUCGCGAGCAAAGCCAAGCAGAGCAUCGAGGAAUGUCUGAUGACAGGCACUCAAAGCACCGCCACUGUGCUCGAGGAGAAAGAUGCUUCGAUCGCAAGCAGCGUUCCUGUUCAAGCAGAGAAAGCAUCCAGGGCAGUGGAGGAAUCUUUCGCAACCGGAGUCCAAACAGUUGUCCACGAGGAGAAGGAGGUGUCUCUUUCCACUCGGUCGGCAGCCACGAGUCUGGAAACUCUGGCGAAAUCGGUGGAGGAGUUCCACCGAGGCGUGGCCACCAUUCAACAGCAAGUGAUCAUGGAGGCGAACAUGAUCAGCAUAACCGAAAACACUUCCAUGGAUCAAUUGCAGUCGCUGGCGAGGUCCGCCAACAUCUUCCACGACCACCUGCUGCAGGUCGAGGAGCAAAUCGUGAUGGAGAGCCAGAGCAGCAAGCCGGACGAGACCAUCUCGGCAGCGCUGGCGGAAGCGAAACUCGCGUUCGCGAGCGGAAUCGCGCUCAUCGAGCAGCAGAUCGUGAUGGAGGGCUGCGACAAAACCGUCUCCGAGGAAAACAGGCUGGAGACGCUGGCGCAAUCGGCCCGCGAGUUCGCACGAGGCCUUUUGCUGAUCGAGAAGCAGGUGGUGAUGGAGUCGCACGCCGACCUCGAGGAGAAAGCCAACCGCACCAGUCUGGCCACGAACCUGCAGGAGAUGCAGAAGGGUCUGGCGUUCAUCGAGCAGAACUUGGUGCUCUGCGACAGCCAAGACCCGACCACGAUGACCUCGGAGGCCUUCACGACCGCUGCCGAGUCUUACGAGAUGAAGGAGCUCGAGUACGACGUGCAGGUGCAAGAGGCGCACGACGAGGACAGCAGCCUGGCCGACGUCGUCUCGAUGGACAAAUUCAGUCUGGCCAAGGAGCAGCCGGUCAAGGACGACGACAGCGUCGCCUCCAUUCUGCAGCAGCAAACAGAAAACGUGUUUUCGGCUUUGGAGGAAGAGCUGAGCGACACCAAAAUGAAGCAAGAAGCAGCCUCUCCGUCUCCGCCGCAAUCGCCUUCUUCGUCGAGGCGAGAACUGGACAAGUCGACCGAGGAGCUCGUUCCCUCCGAGUCGUUCAAGGAGUACAAAGAAAUGCUGUACCGCGAAAGAAUGACCGAGGGCAGCAACGUCAACCUGCAAAGGCUCUUGGACAUGUACCCCGAGGACAUCGCUCUCAAGAUAGCCAGGGAGAAAGAAGAGGCGGACGAGGCGGCCAAGAGGGCUCGCGAGUUGGCCCUGGAAAAGCUGAUCGAAAAGAGAGAGCAAAAGGAGGUGGAAAUGAUGAAGGCCAGAAGCAACGAGUCUCUUGCUCGCUCCUCCGAGGACAUUCGCGGCUCCAGGAGCAGCCUCCGCUCGCCCACCGAGGACAACGAGUCGCAAAGAAGCAGAUCUAAUGAAGAUUUGCUGUCUGCAGAUUUUGCUAGUGAAGAGAGUUUGGAGGAAGCUCCGCGAGAUCCAAAAGUUCGAAGCUCUCAAAUACCAGCGGCUGAGCGUCAGAAAGAGUCUCGUGAGGAUGAGUCAAAGAAUGUUGACGAUGUUUCGAAUACAAAGAACGUUAUAGAUAGAAAAGAGGAGAGUAGCUCCGAGAAAAUGAUUGAAAAGCCAUGCACUGAUGAGUCACGAGUCUCGGAGGAUGAGUUGGCCGGCAAAACGGAGCCGCAGACAGAGGACGAAAAGAGUGCUAAGCGAGAAGCAGAACAGAAAGCAAAGGAGGAAACAGAAACGAAAUCGAGGCUAGAAAAGGAGACAAAAUUGAAAACGGAGAAAGAGGCCGAGGAUAAAGCCAAAGAAGAGGCAGAAAAGAAAGCCGAAGAGUUAAAGAAUUUAAAAGAGGCUGAGCUUAAAGCUAAGAAAGAGGCUGAAAAACAGGCUAAAGAAGAAAAAGAAAGAAUGGAAGGAGAAAAGAAAGCGAAAGAGGAGGCCGAACUUAAGGCAAGAAAAGAAUCGGAGAAAAAAAUUAAGGAGGAAAAGGAAAGGCUGGAAAAAGAAAAGAAAGAGAAAGAAGAGGCUGAGCUCAAGGCCGAGAAAAAGGCUAAAGAGGAAAGAGAAAGGUUGGAAAAGGAAAAGAGAGAAAAGGAAGAGGCGGACAACAAAGCCAAAAAAGAGGCAGAAAAGAAAGCAAAAGAGGAAACUGAAAAGAAAAUCAAGGAGGAGAAAGAGCAAAAGGCAAAGCUAGAGAAGGAACAGAAAGAAAAGGAUGAGGCCGAACAAAAAGCCAAAAAGGCUGCUGAAAAGAAGGCCAAAGAGGAGGCCGAGCGAAAAGCCAAAGAGGAAAAGGAGUUGAAGGCAAAAGAAGAAAAAGAGAAGAAAGCGAAAGAGGAGGCUGAAUUGAAAGCAAAGAAAGAAGCUGAAAAGAAAGCGAAAGAGGAAGCGGAAAAGAAAGCCAAGGAGGAGGAGAAAGCCAAAAAGGAGGCCGAGAAAAAGGCCAAAGAGGAAAAGACCCGUUUAGAAAAAGAAAAGAAGGAAAGAGAGGAGGCCGAAUUGAAGGCUAAGAAAGAGGCUGAAAAGAAAGCGAAGCAAGAAGCCGAAUUGAAAGCCAAACAAGAAAAAGAAAAGGAAGAGGCUGAGCAAAAAGCCAAAAAGGAGGCUGAGAAAAAGGCGAAAGAGGAAGCUGCUCUCAAAGCGAAGGAAGAAAAAGAGCGGAAGGAAAAGGAGGAAAAAGAGAGGAAGGAAAGGGAGGAGGCUGAAAAGAAGGCCAAGGAAAAGGCCGAAGCAGAAGAACAAAAGCGGCUUGAGGCGGAAAGAAAGGCCAAAAUCGAGCAGGCUGAAAAAGCUAGGGAGGCGGCCGAGAAGUUGGAAAGGGAGAGAAAAGAGCAGGAGGAAAAGAAACGCCUCGAGGAGAUCGAAAGGGAAAAGGAAGCCGAGCUAAAGAAGCUUGAGGAACAGAAAAGGCUCAGAGAAGAAGCUGAAAAGAGAGCAAUCGAAGACAACGAGAGAAAGAAAGCCGAGAAAAAGGCACGCGAGGAGAAAAUUAAGAAGGAAAAGGAAGAGGCUGAAAAGAAGGCUCAGGAAGAAAAAGCGCAGAAGGAAAAAGAGCAGGCGGAGCUUAAGGCUAAGCAAGAGGAGGCCGAGCGGGCGAAGCAAACGGCUCUCGAAGAAAAAGAGAAGAAAGAAAAGGAGGAAAAGGAAAGGAAAGAACGAGAGGAGGCUGAACGAAAGGCAGAGGAAAAGAAGCUGGAGGAAGCCGAAAGGAAGAAAAAGGAGAAGGCUGAAGCUGAGAAGCGCGAAAGAGAGGAAAAACAGCAGGAAGAGCUCAAAGCUAAGAGAGAAAAAGAGGAGGCUGAACAAAAGGCCAAAGAAGAAGCCGAGAGGAGAGAGAAGGAAGCGGUCGAGCUGAAGGCAAAGAAAGAAAAAGAAGAGGCCGAGAAGAAGGCUCACGAGGAGAAACAAAAGAAGGAAAAGGAAUCUGCUGAACUGAAGGCGGCGAAAGAGAAACAAGAGGCUGAAAAGAGAGCCAAAAAGGAAAAAGAAGAGGCCGAAAAGAAGGCUAAGAAUGAGGCCGAAAGAAAAGCAAAAGAACAGAAAGAAAAAGAGGAGGCCGAAAAGAAAGCUCAGGAAGCUAAAGCAGAGAAGGAGAAAGAGGAGGCAGAGAGGAAAGAAAAAGAGGCCGCCGAGCUGAAAGCGAAGCAGGAACGAGAAAAGAAAGAGCGUGAAGAAGCUGAAAAGAAGGCCAAGGAAGAAGCAGAUCGGAAAGCAAAUGAAGAGGCUGAGAAAAAGGCCAAAGCUGAAAAAGAAGCGAAGCUAAAGAAAGAAAAGGAGGAAGCUGAAAAGAAAGCUAAGGCAGAGGCGGAAAAGAAGGCAAAGGAAGAGGCCGAGAAAAAAGCAAAAGAGGAAAAAGAAAAGAAAGAAGCGGCUGAAAAGCAGGCCAAGAUAAAGAAGGAAAAGGAGGAAUCUGAAAGGAAGGCGAAAGAGGAAGCAGAAAAGAAAGCAAAGGAAGAGGCCGAAAGAAAAGCAGUGGAGGAAAAGGAAAAGAAAGAGGCGGCUGAAAAAGAGGCCAAAUUGAAGAAGGAGAAGGAGGAAGCGGAAAAGAAAGCCAAAGAGGAAGCUGAAAAGAAGGCCUUGGAAGAGGCGGAGAAACAGGCAAAGCUGGAAGCCGAGAAGAAAGCAAAGGAAGAAGCUGAAAAACAGGCUAAAGCUGAAAAAGAAAGGAAAGAGAAGGAGGCUGCCGAGCAAAAAGCCAAAGAAGAAGCCGAAAAGAAAGUCAAAGAGGAAGCCGAGCAAAAAGCCAAGGAGGAAGCGGAGCGAAAGGCAAGAGAGGAGGCUGAGAAACUUGCCAAACUGGAAAUGGAGAAAAAGGAAGCGGAAAAGAAGGCCAAAGAGGAGCAGCUGAAGAAGGAGAAAGAAGCGGCCGAACUGAAGGCUAAGCAGGAAAAGGAGACAGCGGAGGAAAAAGCGCGGAAAGAGAAAGAGGAGGCGGAGCAAAAAGCGAAACAAGAGGCCGAAGCCAAGGCGAAGAAAGAGCGAGAAGAAAAGCAGCAGCGCGAAAAAGACGAGGCUGAACGCAAGGCCAAGCAGGAAAAGGAGAAAAAACUGAAAAUGGAGCAGGAGGCGAAGGAGAAAGAGGAAAAGGAAAAGGAGGAAAGGCUGAAAAAGGAGGAAGAGGAAAAGAAAAAAUUGGAACAGGAGGCGAAGGAGAAAGAGGAAAAGGACAAGGAGGAAGAGGAAAAGAAGAAAUUGGAACAGGAGGCGAAGGAGAAAGCGGAAAAUGAGAAAAGGCUGAAGAAAGAGGAGGCCGCCAAGCAAAGAGCGAAAAAGAAAGCGGCGAGGAAGGCGGCCGAUUCGAUGAUGCUGCGCGGCGCCGACCAGACGACGUCCCGCAGCGUGGAGGUGGAGGUGCCGCUGGUGUCGGACGCCGACGCGGCCGCCGUCGAGCUGCAGAAGAACAAGGACGAGCUCAAGGAGAAGCUGACCGAGCAGCGGCGCCGCCGCAUGAACUCGGAGGAGCCGAGCUCAGAGGCCGAGGCGCCGUCGCAGCGCCAGUUCGAGCGGCGCCGGUCGCGCGACUACACGGCCGGCGUCGAAAACGGCGGCGCCGACCUCCCGACGAGGGCGAGGCGCCGCUCGAGGACGCCGUCCGUCGAGGUCGACGCCGGCGAGCCGCUCAACGGCGCCGCGCCAAAGUCAAUCGAGGAACAGAGCUGGCAGAGCAGGACCAGGCGCCGCUCCAGGGACGAAAACAGCCUCGCCGACGCGCCAGACCUCCCGCCAGAUUUUAACAGGAAACCAAAGAAGGACACGCGCAAGAUGCCGCACUUCUGCUCGCGCCUGACAGACAGGACGACGCAGGUCGGCUCCAAGGUGAAGCUAACGUGCAGCGUUUUGGGCACGCCCGACCCGACAAUCCAGUGGUUCUACGAGGACAAGCCCAUCACCCCGAAGACCUCGGCCAACUUCAGAAUUACCAACAUGGACGGACUCGUCACGUUAGAGAUCAAAAGCGCGACUCUAGAGGACGCCGGUCUGUACACGUGCAUCGCCAAAAAUGAGGUUGGAGAGGAGAAGUCGGCGGCACAGGUCAAGAUUUUCGAGGGCUACGAUCCUCAGCCUUCGGUACCGACCUUCACCAGGUCAAUCAAAGACGUGUACCACUCGAGUUCGGACGAAUUGGUGCUCGAGUGCCGACUGCGUUGUCCGGUGCAGCCCGAGGUGACCUGGCACAAGAACAACGUGCCGUUGCCCAACAGCGACCGUUUCUACAGCGAGGUCAUCCCCGACCCUCUGGGCGGCGGCGCCCUCUCGUGCAGACUGGUCAUCGGCAACCCGCAGCUGGCCGACUCGGGACACUACGUCUGCAAGGCGGAGACCAGUUCGCACAUCGAGGCCACCUUCUCCGACAUCGUGUUCAAGGGACGGGACAAGCCCGUUCGCAAGUCGAACCAGUCGUCCCUCUGCCUCUCAGAGGACAGUUUGCCGUUCGAAUGCAAACCGUUCAUCAUGACCGGCCUGGACGACUACGAGGUGGCCCUGGGCGGUACCUUUGCUCUUCAAGUUGAAGUUAAAGGUAAGCCGCGGCCUCAGGUGACGUGGCUGCACGAGCAGCAGGAGGUGCCGCCGUCGCCGAAAAUCAAGACUUUCGAGGAGCGAGGCAUUUUCGUUCUCAAGAUCAUGAACGCGUCGCCCGCCGAGGCCGGCCUCUACACGUGCAGGGCGGUCAACGCGCUCGGAAUCUCGGACACGAGCAGCCAGGUGCGCGUGGUGGCGCGUCCCGGACGCAACGACCACCCCGCCCUCUUCGUCGAGCGGCCCGAAAACACGCUCAGCGUCGCCGUCGGCGAAGACAUCACCGUCUCCUUCCGCGUCAGCGGCGACCCCAAACCGCAAAUCGUGUGGAUGAAGGGGACGAGGGAAAUAACCAAGCACCAAAGGGUGAUGAAGGAGACCGUGAACGACUACGUGCGUCUGACGCUGAGCAGGGCGCUGGCCUCGGACGCGGGCACCUACUGCAUCAUGGCGCGCAACAUCUACGGCGUCGACCGAUCCUUCGUCACAGUCAGGAUUCGUCAGCGGGCUCGAUCCCUGACGCCGGACAUCUCGCCCACGGAUGCCACUCUGCUCUUCAGAGACAUCAGGGACGCCAAGGAAGUCCGCGCGUUGAAAGACGUUCCUGGACCGGUUGGCUCGGUGCCCGAGGUCACCGAGAGCGGCCGCAACUGGAUCACCCUCACCUGGAAGAAGCCGCUGCCCAGGGACUUGGGACGCGCCCCAGUCACCGCCUACAGGGUCGACGCCUGGCUCGUCGGCGGCGGCGCCACCUGGCAAGAGCUGGGAGUGUCUCCAAUCAACAGCUUCGACGCUUUCAACCUGAAAUCAGGAAGCGAGUAUAAAUUCCGCGUGACGCCACGCAACCGGUACGGCUGGGGCGAGCCUGUGGUGACCAACAUGACCUUCAUGGUGGGCAAGAGGGUGGACCUGCCCGAGUUUACGCACAUUCUGCCCGGCCAGCAGAAGGUGCUGGUGGGCAGCGACGUGCGGCUCGAGUGCCACGUCAAGGGCGAACCCGAGCCCAGCGUGCAGUGGUACAAGGACGGCGCCCCUCUCGACGCCGACUUCUUCGGGCCCCGCCUCAGGAUCACCUUCGACGGCGUCAGGUGCGUCCUCCACCUCAAGACGGUCGAGGACGCCGACACCGGACGCUACAUGUGCGAGGCGUCCAACAAAGCCGGACGCGUGUCCACCUUCGCCAGAAUGCUCGUUGUCACCGACGUCAAGAUCCUCGAGGCUGACCUCAAGCUUAGGCAAGGGCUGUUGGACGACGCGCCAGUAACCGACUCCGCGCCGCACUUCACGAUGCGUCUGCGAGACCGGCGCGUGCAGAUGACCUACCCUGUGAGACUCACGUGCCAGGUUAUCGGCUACCCGCUGCCCGAGAUCACCUGGUACAAGAACACGGAGCCCAUCACCAUCGGAGAACGGUUCAAUGUGUCGACCUCGGAGGCGUUCCACACGCUGGAAAUCCAGCACACGCUGGAAGAAGACUCGGGAGUUUAUUCGGCCACGGCGCGAAACGCGCACGGCUCCAUUUCGUGUCGCUGCCGGCUGGUGGUGGACAAGGGCAUCAGGGCCUACAUCGCCCCCGUCUUCAUAUUCGGCCUCGAACACAAGGAGGUGAAACGCGGAGGAGACGUGCGCCUCUGUGCCCAGGUCGAGGCGUACCCCACUGUCGGAAUCACCUGGCACCGCGACGGCAUCCGUCUGCGUCCGAGCCGCCGGAUGGAGAUGAGUCUGGACCACGACGGCAACGUGGAGCUGCGCGUGGCCAACUUGGGUUCGAGGGACGCCGGCGUGUACACGUGCACGGCCGUGAACGAGGUGGGCCGCGCCGAGAGCAGCGCCAGGGUGCUGGUCGUGGCGCCGUCCGACUUCCGCGAGACGCCGAGCAUUUCCAUCCCAGAUUUGUACUCGAAGGAGCCAAAGUUCGUGACGAAGCCGCGCUCGACCUCCGCCGUCGAGGGCGACACUGUGAUAAUCCACUGCGAGGUCAUCGGCGACCCCAAACCGGAGGUCGUCUGGCUCAGGGACUUCCUCAGGCCGGAGAUUUACAAGGAUGCGCCUCACUUCCGGCGGGUAGGUGACGGGCCCGAGUACUGCCUGGAGAUCCCGUGCGCCAAACUCGACUUCACCGGCGCCUAUUCGGUCAUCGCCAAGAACUGUUAUGGCGAGGCCAAGGCCGUGAUCUCGCUGCAGAUCACCGCCAAGGGAAUGGAAGAGCUGAGUCGCGACCAUCACAGGCCAGUGACUCACAGCAAGGUGCAGACGCUGCCCAGCAUCACGCGAUCGCUGCGCGAUCGUCGUUGUUGUGACGGCGACACGGUGACUUUUGAGUGCGGUUUGGCGCCGACACCCGAGCAGCCCGACGUGCGCUGGGAGAAAGACGCAAAGCCGCUGGUGAUCGAAGGCGACCUGGUGGCCGAGCAGGACAGCACGUUCGCCCGGCUGACGAUCCUGCAGGUGUACCCUGAGGACGAGGGCGAGUACACGUGCGUGGUGCGCAGCGAGUUGGGCAAGGUGACCACGUCGGCCUGCCUCAUCGUUGAUGUGCCCGAGGAGAAGGAGGCCCUGUUGAGCGGCCAGCUGUCCCGACCGCCCGGCCUGCUGUCCACAGAGUCGACGCCGCGCUCCACCCCACGCACCACCCCAUCCAGAAGCAAAUCACCCUCCAUGCCGAGACGAAGCAGAGCGAGAAGCGCCCUCGACCAGGACACCGCCGGCGCCAACGCGGUCAACAAGAGGCACAGGCUCAAGGCGGCGCCGCCAAAGUUCUACGCCAUUCCACACAACAAGGUCGUCGAAGAGGGCGCGACAGUGCGGUUCCAGUGCGCGAUCGCCGGCCACCCGACGCCCUGGGUGACCUGGGACAAGGACGGCCUGAUCCUGACGCCGUCGCGCAGACUGACCAUCAAGGAGAAGGACGAUCUGCGCAUCGUCGAAAUCAGCGAGGUCACCGUGGAGGACGCCGGCCUCUACAGAGUCACCCUGGAGAACGACGUCGGCCGCGUCGAGGCCAGCGCCAGGCUGGACGUCAUCGGUCCGGUGGGUUCGCGGCGCAGCGUGCGAGCGUGGUCAGCGUCGCCGCGGACGUCGCCGUCGUUCCACCGCCGCAUGGCGCAAACCACCAGCGCCAGGUACGGCGGACGCGUCACCCUCGCCUGCCAGCUCGACGGAUCGCCCAGCCCCUCGCCCUCCUGGUACAAGGACGGCGAGCAGCUGGUGGCUUCGGAGCGGCUGCGGGCGUCGUUCGACGGGCAGACGGCGCAGUUGACGCUGGACGGCGUGCGCGUGAGCGACGCCGGCCAGUACUCGUGCGAGGCGCGCAGUGAGAUGGGCAGCGUCGUGUGCUGCGGCCGGCUCGAGGUCACCGACGUUCCGGACUCGUUCCCGCCGCCCAAGUUCGAGCCAGGACUCGUCGACACGAACGCCGUCGAAGGACAACCCACACAACUCACCGUCAGACUCGCAGGGCCGCUGCCGCCCGACCUGGAGGUGAAAUGGCUGCGACAGGGCCGGCCGCUGCCCAACUGCGAGGACUUCCGUUACGUGGACCUGGGCAAGGGCCGGUUCGCGUUGCACCUGGCCGAUCCCUUUGUCGAGGACUCUGGCCUGUACACGCUCGAGGCGGAAGGACUCUUCGGCGUCGUCGCCUCCUCAGCACGACUCUCCGUCGCUCCAGGCGGGUGCAGCAGAAGUGGCUGUGAAGCCGAGGACGAGAAAAGCAACCAAGUACCUGAGUGCAUUCGCGCCGUGGAACAGAGUGCGGUGUUGGCGAACGGCUCGGCGGCGCGGAAAGAACUGAUCAACGGCAAACACAAAGAGCGCGACGAGAGCCCUGCCAGGGUGACGCAGGGUCCGAGAGACGCGACCGCCCUCCGCGGCGACAGCGUCACCCUGAGGGCGCUCUACUCGGGCCAACCUGAGCCGACGGUGCGCUGGCUGCGAGCGGGCAGGGAAAUCCGGCAGGAGAGCGGCAGGGUGGCCAUCACCACCAAGCACGGCGAGACGACGCUCACCCUGAUGAACAUCACGGCCGACGACUCGGGAAAAUACGUGGUGGCGGCGCACAACCCUCUCGGCUCGCACUGCCACUUCGCCUCCUUGGCCGUUGAAGGUGCUCCCGAUGCUCCGAGCGGACGUCCGACGGUGACGGUGACCGGGGCCAGCAGCGCGGUGCUGGCUUGGGGCAGCUCGCCCUACGACGGCGGCCGCAAGGUCAUCAGCUACAGGGUCGAACUGAGAACCACUGGCGGCGAGUGGAACGUCGUUGCCGAAGACUGCAACGCUUUGUCUUACACGCUAAGAGACUUGAUUCCCGGACAGCAGUACUCAGUCAGGGUGUCUGCCAUGAACAUCCACGGAUUCAGCAACCCUGGACACGAAUCCAACCCCUUCACUCCCGCAGAACUCGUGCCGCGGAAGAUGAGCACGGUGGAGGACGAGGAGGAGAUGAGCGACGACGACGCGCUGACCCUGGAGGGCCGCGUGGAGGUGGCGAGGUGCGAGCACAGCUUCGCGUCGCGCUACCACACGCACGAGGAGCUGGGCAAGGGCCGCUUCGGCACCGUGUUCAAGUGCACCAAGGUGGCCACCGGGCAGAAGCGCGCCGCCAAAAUCGUGCGCUGCAUCAAGGCCAAGGACCGCGAGCAGGUCUACGAGGAGAUCGACAUCAUGAACUCGCUCAGGCACCCCAAGCUGCUGCAGCUCGAGGCCGCCUUUGAGACUGCGCGCGACAUCAUUCUAGUGACUGAAUACGUUACGGGUGGCGAGUUGUUCGAGCGAGUGGUCGCCGACGAUUUCACGCUGACGGAGAGGGACUGCAUUCUGUUCAUGAGGCAAAUCUGCGAGGGCGUGCUCUACAUGCACAGCCAGAACAUCGUCCACCUCGACCUGAAGCCUGAGAACAUCAUGUGCCGGACGCGGACGUCGCACCACAUCAAGCUGAUCGACUUCGGGCUGGCCAAGCGGCUCGAGGGCGACGAGCCGGUGCGCGUGCUCUUCGGCACGCCCGAGUUCGUCCCUCCGGAGGUCAUCAGCUACGAGCCCAUCAGCGUCGCCUCCGACAUGUGGAGCGUUGGCGUCAUCUGCUACGUCCUUUUGUCCGGUCUGUCGCCAUUCAUGGGCGACAACGACGCCGAAACGUUCGCCAACACGACCAGAGCCGACUUCGACUUUGACGACGAAGCGUUCGACGCGAUUUCGCAAGACGCGAAAGACUUCAUCAGCGCGCUGCUUGUGCAGAGGAAAGAAAAACGGCUGACUGCCGCCGAGUGUCUGACCCACAAGUGGUUGGCGCACCAAAACAAAACCAAGCAGUACGUGACGCUCAGCACCGACAAACUCAAGAAGUUUAUCAUCCGCAGGAAGUGGCAGAAAACGGGGAACGCGAUCCGCGCGCUGGGCCGCAUGGCGAACCUGUCGGCGCGGCGCAACUCUGCGGCGGCGACGGCCUCGAGUGGUCGGCCGUCGGUGUGCUCGCGGCUGUCGAGCCUCAACGAGGAGCAGCCGCUCGAACCUGCCGAGGCUGCGGACACGAACGCGCUGAUGAGUUCGCUGCUGAGUCGCAAGGUGCGCCUGUGCAGCGCCCGCUCCGACAGCGGCUUCAGCGAGGCCACCUCGCGCGAGGACAGCAUCGACUGUCCCAACUGUCCGCCCACGCCGCGCACCCUCUCCGCAGGAGCGCAGUCGGCAGCCGGUGAGAAGGGCUGGCGCCUAGAAGAAGAGGCGACGUGAACAGCGGCCACGAGAAAAGAGGAUUCUGCGUCUACCAAAGCUCAAAUAAAAUAAUAAUCUAGAAAAGCGCGGGUAAAGAAGUGCAGGGGUGAGAGGUGCUAAGAAAAUGAAGGCGGCGGCGGCGGCAGGAGUGACUGACAGAAAACGACGAGAGUAGAUAGGAAACAGGCAACUUUCUAUUUUUGUCUCGCGGCGAGCCACGGACAAACUUGGAGUGAAGAUCCUUGGUUUUAACUAUAUCUAUAUGUCAUUUAUCGCACUUUUUAACUUGAUUAUGUAUUUCCCUUGCUCUCUCCGUGCCGAGAAGGAAGGAAGGAAGCGACAGCGUGUUGUGAUGCAUCUCAUCCCCUUAAUUACGAUUAUUUCAUUUUUUUUUCUUUCUUUCCUUGUCAGUUGCAAUCAAAUUACUCUCCAAUUAGCUUUAGCAUUUAAGUUAACACACAUGCACUAUCCUGUUUAUCGAGAGAUUGUUCACUUGUAUUAUUAUUUUAUCAAAGCUUCGCAGUCUAAAGACUUCUUGUUGAAUGUAUCAGAUGAAAAAAUAAUUAAAUAAACACAGAAAAACAUCGCGUUUGAGAUUGUUUAAACUCGAAUAUGUAUUUUAGUUGAAUAAACCGUCGAUUUGUCUGUUAAAUCA